AUGCCGAAAAAUAAGUAUAUAAAGACGUCUUUCUCCCUGAAUUUUGAUUCCUUACUUUCAGAUAUCACUGUAAUAUUUGAUAGUAACUUAUUAAUGAUGAACUUAAAAAUAAUGAUUAACCUUUUAAUCGCUCUAAUCAUCUUAAUAGCCUCCUCAGAGGCUAUGGAUGAAGCAUCUUGUCCGUAUGCUUUCCUUACGGCCUCCCACAUUCAAAGCGUUAAGGGUCAACUCACAUUAUUUCAGAACCCAAAAGGGACUAUAUAUGUUUCGGGAACAUAUCAAUACGGUUUUUUUGAUAGUAAAGAAUGGCAUUAUGAUUGGUCAAUUCGAAAUGGGUGCGGAGAUCCUAUUUAUAACCUCACCAAGAUUCUCCAUCCGGAAUAUUUUGGUUGCAGUUGUUGUAAUGGUUAUAAGGAUCAAAGUUGUUGUAAAGAUAGUAAAUCAAAAAGAUCAAAAAAAGUGAGAGCUUCUCUUGAUACGAGAGAUUCUCUUAGUAAAAGAAAAACAAUAACAAACGGUGAAUGUAUCUCGUCAGAUAUGGGAUCUGAUGGAACUACCCCAUGGGUAAUUAAGGUUGAUGAUUUGACCUAUGAUUGUAAUAAUGAUGGGAUUAAAUAUAAAACCUGUGAUAAAGACAUUUAUAAAGAAGAUAAGUCUAAACGUGGCGAUGAAGGUGAUGAUUAUGGAAUAUACAUACCGAAAACACUUCAAGAUGAAGGUCCAGAAACUGGCUUGUAUCUUGUGAUUUAUGGUGAAUGUAAAUCAUUAAAACGUUCACCAAUGGUGGCUCCUGCUCCAGUUAAUGUCAACAAUGCAGGUGGUACUGUUGCUCCAGCACCACCUCCAGCAGCGGCACCAGCAGCAGCACCUCCAGCAGCGGCACCAGCAGCAGCACCUCCAGCAGCGGCAGCAGCUCCAACUGCGGCAGCUCCAACAGAUACAUCAACUCCUACUCCAACAUCUACAACAGCAGCUCCUCCUCCAGCAGCUGCCUCACCAACAGCAUAA